AUGAAUUCAAUAAGUUGGCCUGAUCCUAGCGACCCUGGAAGAAUUUCUCUAGCUUAUCGAGAUUUGAGUGAACUUCCCGAAGGCUGGCACAAAAAGUUGAGCUUCGGUGACAUUACAGCGUUGGAUUUGAGCCACAACAAUUUGUCGUAUCCUUGUGCAGUUUCUGCCGUUGUAAUAAUGAUAUGGAAGACUAAAUCGUUGUCGGUAAAGAGUAAGAUUUCUGCUCAGCCCAUUUAUUUAUUAUGCAUACAUGUUUCGACUCUAAUCAUUUGAAAUAGCAUGAAAUAGGGACUGUAUAAGAUUGCUGCAUGCAUAAUGACCAUAAUGAAUAUAUUGGGAUGUGCCGAAAUCUCCCAGACUGGCCGGUGUUAAUAAUUUAAGGUGGCUGAACACAAUCUUAGCAGUUUGUCAGUGUAUUUAUUUGCCAAGUCAUGACAAGAGAAAGGUUGAAGCUCACAAGCUGAAACUUGGCAAGUGAAAAAUAUACUGAUGAAAGAUUUUGAUUGACAGGUAAAAUUUGAGUUUUCGUAGUUUCCAUGGCAGCAUGAACGAUUGAAUACAACCUUAAAAUUCCUCAGUUUACAUAAAAUUCGCUCAUUAGAUUUUCCUAUAAACUUGCACACAGCUUACUAUAGUUAAUCAUUUCCAUGAUUUGAAACUUAUUUGACCAAAUUUUAACAGGCGGGUUUUAGAUAAUCAGCGAUAUAACUGUACUGUAAUUAUUAAUGUGUCACAAAAUUCGUCUGGUCAACUUCCAUUUUAAAGUUCUCAUUAUUUAACGAUAAAAGUAAAAAUUCUGCCAAAUAUCACAAAAUUUUAAUGAGUAGAGUUUGAGAAAUUGUCUUCUGUGUACCACUGCUUUUUUGCCGCCAUGUUUGUUUGUCUAAUCUAAAACACGCAUCGUCACGCAAUUUACUGCUGACCGCCCACAGAACUGUGUUCAGCCACCUUAAGCUAACAUUGUCGUGUAAUGCUCUGAAGUUUAAGACACAUUGUUUUACCUUUCUAAAUAUAUACUAGUCUGCCAGUAAAUCCUUACACAGGGGUUUGAGCGAUUUUGUACAAAUUGCUAGUCAUUUGUGAUCAAGAAUAUUAUUACUUUUAAUUGAAGAGUUGAUGCUCUUAGUUACAUCAUUGCCGGAAAUUCAAAUUUUUGUAUCAGAACUCAAAGCCAAGCUAGUAAUUCUAGGGGGUGGGGGUUUAAUAAAGGAAUUCACAUGUGCAGUAGUCGGACAUCCCUUGAGCCUCUAUGUGAGUACUUAAGGAUGUUGUUUUUCAAUGAAAUUGUCACAAAUCCUAUCCUAUCUUUUCCAAGUAAAUACUGCCUCCUCCACUGGCUUUCCCAAGUGUAAAUGGGGAUUGGGGAACUUGUGAGCACUCGAGACAAGCGAGAAGCACAAGAGAGGGAUGAUGGGAACGAGCGUAGAGCGUGAGUGGGGAGUGAUGGGAAGGAACUCCCUUCGUCCCCUCUUUCCCUAAUAAUUAACUCAAAUUUCCCCCUGUGAUCGCGAGCGACUGGGGACGAGGCAGAUGCAAAUAGGCUCAUGUUCAUGGUAGCAGCCAGGGGAAAUUCCCAUCCCUCACCAUGACAGCCCUUUUCUGGGGAUAUUUUUGCAUGGACUAGGUAGCUAGCAUCAAAUUGAGGGGAAGGAACAUGUAGCAGUACUCUUAGAUGCAACAGAGGCUGGGUUAAGUUCUGGCCAUGUUGUUCCUCCUUUGCUUGAGUCUGCCUUUUUCCACUCUGUAUUAUGGCCUUUUCAUUCCUUUUCAUGUAACACCUGUUUUCCUUAAUAACCAAUCAUAGGGACUUCAAGUUUUUGAGAGACACUGACAAUCUGAAUACAUUAAUUCUGGAUGACAAUAAUCUCACUAGUCACGUUAAAUUUCCUGUAAUUAGGUCACUUCACAUUUUGUGGGUAAACCACAAUAAAAUUACAAAUUUGAGCGCUUUUAUAGAGACUGUAGCCAUGUGCUUUCCAAACCUGAAAUACUUCAGCAUGAUGAACAAUCAAGCAGCUCCAAGUUAUUUUAAUGGUGGCACGUAUCACCAGUACAAGGAUUACAGGUAAUGUCAAAAAAUAUUUAUUUUUCUUUAUUUUUUUCCUCAAAUUAUUGUGAGAGUGACAAAGUUUAGGGGUAGGAAUACCAAAUUUCAGUUUAUAAAAUGUCAUUGCUCACAAUGUAACCAGUGAGAAUUUCCCCUUCACACAUCACACAACAUUGUGCCAUGGGUAAUUACGAAACCAGCUUUAGGUGCACUGAUUUCAAAUAACUGUCACUUGUAAUAGAGAAUUCUGGGUAGGGACAGAAAACCACCCUUUAGGGAAGGAGACAGAAAGAGAGAGGGUAGGGGGGUGGGGAGUAGAAAGAAUGCAAAUUCAUGAAAUUCCCUCCACGGCCACUUUCACACAAAUCCCUAACCACAAAACAAUGCCACACCCCCCCACCCCCAAACAACCACCACCCAAACAAAAAACACAACAAAAAAAACAAAAAAACAAAAAAAAAAAAAAAAAAAAAAAAAAAAAACAAACAAAAAAAACAAACAAAAAAAACAAAAAAACCAAAAAAACAAAAACAAAAAAAAGAAGAAAGACAGUAACUCUUUUAUUUAUUUAUUUUUUACAUAACAUAGUAACUAAGGUAACUAACGAAAACCAUAUUUGCCGGUANCCCCCCCCCUCCAAAAAAAAAUAAAGUAAAAUAAAAUAAAAUGACAUAAGCAAACAACACAGUAAACAAGCUAAGACAUGGGAAGUUGAAACAAUCUACAAAAUGUUUGCUGACCGAGUUUUCAUAAAUCCAGGCAGAUAUAGAGGUAUGGAUAUGGUAGUCUAACAAAAACAUUCAUUGGGUUUCAGACAGAGGUUUUUUUUUUCAGGGGUUUACUGUGCCUUUAAGCAUUGUUUCCUUCAAGACAAAAUUUUGCUUGACAUGGUCUCUAUCUGCCCCCGCCCCCCUUUUAUUUGUAGACUAGCAAACAAUAGAAAACCAUCUUUUGUGUUGUCUUUUCCUGCAGUCUUUUCAUGUCUUUUAACAAUAUUGAUCCAUAUGUGUAAAAAGCUUGGCUACUAUGUCUAUGAAUUAAGCAUUUCAACUUUGAGAAACUUACCGUAAAAUUCCAAAAAUAAGCCCUGGGGCUUAUAUUUUUCAAAGGCCCUAUUCAAGGGGCUUAUGUACGGAGGGAAAUUUGCGUUUCAAAAUUGAUUGGGCUAGCUUGUAGUUGGGCUUAUUCAUGGAGGGGCUUAUUUUCGGAAUUUUAUGGUAUUCCAUGAAACAUAAGCAUGCGAAAUAGAGAUUCCUAAUUAUUACUUUUGUUUAAUACUAUCUAUUUAUUUGAUUAUUUUAUAAAUUAUUAGAAUUAUAAUUCUAAUAGUUUAAAAGCAAUACCAUUUAUGUAUAUUAAUAUAGGAAUGCUAAUAAAAAUUAAUGUUAUGUUAUGUUAUGUAAAGGGUCACCUAUUUUUUUUUCUUUUUUGCAAGGCAGCCUUUCAUCUCUUUGGGCAAGCUUAUUUUCUGGUUAUUUGUCAAUGAAAGAAGAGUGAUUCUACCGUGUUGUUUUUUUGCAGGUGUUAUGUUAUAAGCCAUCUUCCAAGCUUGGUUAUGCUAGAUGACCAUGCCAUCACAGCAGAGGAGAGGGAAGAAGCGCGUAAAGUGUAUGGCAACAGAAGAGUUUCCGUCAGCUCAAGAAGAGCCAGCAAAAAGCAUAAAGAAAAGGUCAGACUC